AUCGCUUUCUCUUUCUCACACACGAUUAAGGGGCACACCCUGAAAGAACGCAAGAAUCAGUCAGUUUCUUUUGGUUUUAAGAAUAUCUGUGAACGAACACUAAAACACUGAAACAAUGAUCGUAACGGUGAAACUUGUUCACCCUCUCCAUCAAUCUCUAUCUUCCUCCAUUCCUUUUACAUCAAGAUCGAAAAGGCAAUCCAAACCGUACCGGUGCUCGUUGCCUUCUCCCGGCGGCGAAAAGAUUAUCAGAUCAGAGACUGCCGUUUCUCCGGCGCCGGUGAGCUACGAAGGGAGAAGGGCUUUACUUGGAUGUCUCCUCACGGCGGCCGGUUCUGGGAUUUUGUUAACUGAUUCAGCCGAGGCCGUAAGCACCAGCAGAAGAGCUCUACGUGCAUCCAAGUUACCCGAAAGCGACUUCACGACUCUUCCCAAUGGUCUCAAGUACUAUGAUAUAAAGGUUGGCAAUGGAGCAGAGGCUGUGAAGGGAUCUCGGGUCGCAGUUCACUAUGUUGCAAAAUGGAAAGGGAUAACGUUCAUGACUAGUAGACAAGGACUUGGUGUUGGAGGUGGAACGCCUUACGGGUUUGACGUUGGGCAAUCAGAGAGAGGCAAUGUUCUGAAAGGACUUGAUCUUGGUGUUGAAGGAAUGCGUGUAGGCGGUCAGAGAUUGGUGAUUGUUCCUCCUGAGCUGGCUUACGGGAAGAAAGGAGUGCAAGAGAUUCCUCCAAAUGCAACGAUAGAGCUUGACAUUGAGCUGUUAUCAAUCAAGCAGAGUCCUUUCGGGACGCCAGUGAAGAUCGUUGAAGGUUAAAAGGGCUAAUGAAGCAAAUAUUGUACCCAAGACUGUGUACACUCCACCAAAUGUCCAUACAUCAGUCAAACUAUAAAAUUGAUCAAAGCUUUGGAGAUUCAACUGUAUGAGAAGAAUCUGUUUAAUUGAUAAUACUGGCUAGUCUGGUUUUGUAACCAUAUAAAUGCGUCUCAUCUUUCAUCUCUCAA